AUGAACAUGAUGGGAGGUGGCUUCGGUGGCUACAUGAACAUGAUGGGAGGUGGCUUCGGUGGCAACAUGGAAGGUGGCUUUGGUGGCAUGGGAGCCGGCUUCGGAGGCAACAUGACCAGCAUGGGAGGUGCCUUUGGCGGCAACACGAUGGGCGGCUUCGGAGAAAACAUGACCGGCAUGGGAGGUGGCUUUGGCGGCAACACGAUGGGUGGCAACAUGAGCGACAUGGGAGGCAAUGAAGGUGCUUCCGAUCGUUCUCUCGGCAACGAUACUUCACCGCUUCACAACGUCGACAAAGAAGGCGAUGAUGAUGAUGAUCGUACCACGGUUCAGAACGCCGGUGGUGUUGACGAUCCACAUGAAUGA